UUAAUAUAGGUGACAAGACGUAGUAGACGUAGAAGUAGAAUGUCCGUUAUUCAGCAUACAUCUAUGAUUUCACAGCCUAUCACAGUAGAUUUAUGCUCACCACAAACAAAUAUUCCAUCUUGUAUUGAUUUAACAAACGAACAAGAUGAUUCCGAGAUUGUGGAUUUAACAUCGGCAUCACCUCACGAUACUUCAGUUGUGUGUCUAGGUCAGUCUUCACAUUCAGUAGAUACAGUUGCAAGGUUACUAGAAAGAAGAGCUAAAAGAGCUCAUCAGCACGAUCAUUGUUACAGAGUUACAACACAGCAUAUAGAUGUCGAUAGAGAAGAUAAUCAAUCAAACAUGUCUAAAGAUGUUUUUCCUAUAUACGAUUCUUGUGUUAAAAAUUGGGAUGAAAAAAUGAAAAAUACUGUAGAAGAUCCUGCAUUGAAAAAGAUAAUUUGCCCAAUAUGCUUUGAUGAUAUAUCAAGUAUUCAGAAGAACGACAGACAUCUAGUAUCGACAGUCUGUGGUCAUAUUUUCUGCAAUUCUUGUCUACAAGAGGCGAUUCGAACUCAUCACUGUUGUCCAAAUUGCCGUAAAAGAUUAACAAUGAAACAGUUUCAUCCUAUAUUUAUCUGAGAACGUAUGUACAAUAGAUUAUGACAGUGAAUUGAAAAUUGAUAUAUAAUUCAUCCGUUUUAUAUUUUACGACAUAUAAUCUAUUAUCUAAGCUCAUUAAUCGAAUGUCAUUUAAAAAUAAAUGUGUAAGACUCAACAAUAUUUAACAGUUUAUUAUCGAAGAAGUGAGUUACAUUCCAUUAUAUAGAAAGACUGAGUUAAAUAUACAACAAAUUAAAAUUAUAAAAUAAAUUUUUUAUUUCUCUUGUGUUUCAUUGCUAUUGUAUAAUUUUAUUAUUUCACUAGAUUUACAUGAAUGUAUUCUAGAAUGGCUUCGCUGCCAAAAUAUACAAUUUACAUUUUAAGAAUUGCUUGACAUAUUUUAGUGGCACAAUAAAUUUGAAAAUGGUUUGGUUGCAAAAUUUUUUCAUGUCAAGAUGAAUAAAAUAAAUAAAUAUUCUAAAAUUCUGGGUAUGUAUAGUUAAAUUGAUGUCUUAAAAGUCCACUAUGCAACAUUUUACAAUGUGAGAAAUGUGUAUUUGCAGCUUAUAUUGUGGCGUAGUUAAUCCGAUUAUAAGUUCACCUCUUUGAUACUGAGCAAAAUCGAUCAUUCUAGUUUAUUAAACUAUUUCUGUAUGUAGAAUAGUACUUAUCAUUUGUAUAUUUAUAAUAUGAUACUGUGUCAAUAAGUUGACAUUUUAUCUAUUUAUUCACUAUUGAUUUAAGAGGAAGAAGAAAAGAUAUAUAUGUUAAUUGCAGUGUUUUGUUUUUAAAUUUUGUAUAAAUGUUUGACUUAAAUCAUUGCCUUUAUCAUAAAUAGAAAAUGUAUGUAAUUAUUCAUGAAAAAGUCAUGUUAAUAAAAGUUUGAAAUAAAAUUAUUAAUAUCGUAGUUUCAAUAUUGUUCAGAAACUGGAUAUUAUAAUUUAUUUUUGAAAAAUAACAGCAACAAGACUUUUAAAGCCAUCACUAAUUCAAUAGAAGAAUCAGUUUCAGUCUACACAACUGCUGCCUAGAGAUAAGAAAGA